UUCAAUUUGUGACUGAAGCAUUCGUUGUAUUUAACUAUUUAUAUAUUUACUUAUUACUUUACUUUAUCUCAAAAAGAUAAUAAUUGAAUAAUAAUCCAUGCAGGUUAAAAGUUACGCGACAAAUUAUUUUUUAAUUAUAUAUCAAUAACAUCUUGUGGAUUCGAUGUGCGUCUAACCAAACGUUCGUACAAUAAAUAUAGUUUUUCUUGCUUUGAGAUAUAAACACGUGUGUGUAUAUGUGUAUAUAUAUAUAUAUAUAUACAUCCAAGUUUAACACAAUAUAAACAUUCUAUUGAAUAUCUGAUAAAAAUUAAACAUUCGCGCUAAAACCAAAGAGCUUGUCGCAUAACACAAUCCUUUUAUAAGAUAAGUCGAUCAACUACAAAACUAGAUUAGUUCAUGGACUCCUCGAUUAACGAAAUACGUCAAACUGGGGUCAAGCUGUGGAUGAUAGUAUGUUGUAUAGAAAAGCUUAUAUAGUAGAGAUUCUCGUUAAAGAAUAUUUGAUGAAAAAAUAUUAAUAAUAAGGAUACAAAAUUAACAAGAUGAGUCGUUCGAAGGAUGACAAAUAUUUGUCAAGAUCAUCGAGACAAUGUAACGUUGUAUUGGUAUAAAGUAAGACGAGGUGUCUGAUAGGGUAUGGUAAAGAGUUGAAAGGGGUGAACGAGUAGGAGAAGGAGGAGGAAGAGGAAGAGGAAGAAGAAGAAAAAGAAGAGGAGGAGCAGCAGCAGGAGAAGAAAAAGGAGGGGGAAAGGAAAAGGAGGAGGAGCUUAUCUACAGUGCAGAUCGCGAGGGCGCGGGGCCGCGACCCUGAGCCCGAUACGCGCAAUAUUAUCCUGGACAGCGAACCGGUAGUAGUAGUGUAGUGUGGUAAAUGCAACCGAAUGCGUCGGAGUAUUUAUCUACGAAAGUCUUAUUCGUUUCGAAUAAAAGUGAGAUAUCAGAAUAGUUUAAUACGGUGAGAGAGAUAUCAUUAAUGUGGUAAAAGGUCAAGAGUUCAUGAUCGGUUAAACGGAAAGGAACGAUGAUCUGGAUCUUACGAAGAGUUUGAUGAUAAACCAUCUUACUUCGUUUCUUCUUUGAUAUCUCUGGAGGAAGAUCUCGAAUAUCAAAUCGUUUUUGUGUAUACAAAUAUAUAGAAAAUAUUUUGAUUAAGGUGUGUCGAAAGAAAGUGUUAGCAAAUAGUAAAAGUGUAUGCGACUGUGCGACGAGUGAUAGUUUUUCCCUCCUCCCCACUCCUCCCCCCCCCUUUACUACAUCUUAGAAUUAUCUUUUCGCCUCUUUUUUUCUAUUUUGUGAAAGUGUUACUUGUGCGUAAUCGUUUAUCGGACGACUCAAAAAUGCCGCUCUUUGGUAAGAAGGAUUCUAAUAAGAAAAUGAAGAAAGAUGGGAAAGACGAUAAAUCACCAUCCGUCGAGGACAAAUAUAUUUUGAAGGAAUUGCUUGGAACGGGUGCUUUUUCCGAAGUAAGAUUAGCAGAAAGUAAAGAAAAGCCUGGUCAAAUGUUCGCUGUCAAGAUUAUUGAUAAAAAGGCAUUGAAAGGAAAAGAAGAUUCUUUAGAAAAUGAAAUCAAAGUAUUAAGGAGGUUCAGUGAAAGAGUGACACCACAGAGUGGUGAUGGACUCCUGAAGUCGGAUAGUAGUGGCGAAACAGGAUGGUUAACACAUCCUAAUAUAGUACAGCUAUUGGAGACUUAUGAAGACAAGCUUAAAGUGUACUUAGUUAUGGAGUUGGUCACUGGCGGCGAGCUUUUUGACAGAAUAGUUGAGAAAGGUUCCUAUACAGAAAAAGAUGCCUCAGGUUUAAUAAGACAAGUCUUAGAAGCAGUUGAUUAUAUGCAUGAACAAGGUGUUGUUCACAGAGAUCUUAAACCAGAGAAUCUCUUAUAUUAUAGUCCAGAUGAAGAUAGUAAGAUUAUGAUUAGUGAUUUUGGUUUAUCAAAAAUGGAAGAUUCAGGAAUAAUGGCUACUGCCUGUGGUACACCAGGAUAUGUUGCUCCUGAAGUACUUGCUCAGAAGCCAUAUGGUAAAGCAGUUGAUGUUUGGAGUAUAGGUGUUAUCUCUUAUAUUCUUUUAUGCGGAUACCCUCCAUUUUAUGAUGAAAAUGAUGCCAACCUCUUUGCACAGAUUUUAAAAGGUGAAUUUGAAUUUGAUUCACCAUACUGGGACGAUAUCAGUGAUUCAGCUAAGGAUUUCAUACACAAGUUGAUGUGCGUCAAUGUUGAACAACGCUAUACAUGCAAACAGGCCCUAGCACAUCCUUGGAUUUCUGGAAACGCAGCUAGCAAUAAAAAUAUCCAUGGCUCCGUAGGAAAGUCUCCCUCUUCUCUCAUGGUUCCAGCAAGCGUAUCAUGCAACCACGGUCAUACGUCAGAUGCAGAGACUGGCACUCAACAGCGGCCAGCAGCAACAGGGCCCAGGAUCAGGCCCUUGCAGCGGCAACCUCACGCCGUGUCCCGAUCAAUCGCAAACCAAUCCCAGCAACCAUCAGCACAGACCACUGGGACCUCCAAACAACCUCAAUUGAAGGAUAUUCUUGAGCCAUCAUUGUCCACACCAAACUUGGUGGCUUUGCCAACCUCUCCCAUUCCACUUACUCCUAGCUCUCCAUUAUACUUACGCAAUAAACGCUUCAAAUUAUGGGGCAGUACACGCACUGCUCUCUCUACUCUUUUUCGAGUAAAUGUCUCGUAUCUUAGGAAGCAAAGGAAAUAUAAAAAAAGUUGAAUCUCAAUGCUAAACAUUCUCUAGAAGUUAAUGUCAAUGAAAUGUAACGCUUUGUAAUCAUUAUUUACAAAGUGUGAAAGAGCUACAUUACCUCAAGCUAAAAUGCUUUAUUACAAUUUCCUAUGACAUAGUAAAAUGCUGAUUAUGUAUAAUAUACAAAUUAAUGGAUUGCACGAUGAAUCACAGUUUUUUCAGAUACUGUUUUUAGAACUUUUUCUUCAUAAGUUCUCUCUUUUUUUUUUUUAGAACUGGAAUCUCUUUUUUACUUGUUUUUGUUCGAUUUUUUUUUUUUUUUUUUUUUUUUUUUUUUUAUAUUUUUAUGUACAUAUUAAAUGCUAUUUGUGUUGAACAUUAUUAAAUGAUUUAAAUGAAAUUAACGAAUUAUCUCAAGAGAUAUAUAAGAAGAAAUUGUUUUCUAUUUAAAUUUUUAUAUAAUUCAAUAUAUUGAUUUUAUAUCCCUAAAAAGUCUUAUAAUCUCUUAAUGAUCUGAACGGUAUAUGUAUGAUUUAUGAAACCUUACCAGAUUGAAUUGAUUAAUCAUAAAAAUCGGGUGAACAGUACAACGACAAAUUUUUAAUCUUUUAUAAAAUCUGAGAUUUAUAAUGGACAUUUAUUGUUCAAAACAAUUCUGUGUAAUAUAAAUAUAUUAAACACGUUUCAAAAACAUUGUAUUUAAUAUUAUACAAAUAUAAGUGCAUUUUAUUAUUUUAUUUUAAUAUCGCGCUAUAAACGAUUAAUUUAUAGUAAACAUUAUUCGUUCAUAAAGUAUAUAUAAAAUCUAUUGUUCUAUAUCAACAAUAUUUGACAUUUCUUACAGAAUUGUACUUGAACAAUGAUAAAACAUUGACAGGAUGUUCUAUCUCUUUCUUAUUGUAUAUCUUUACAUGUUCUAAAAAGAAUGAAACACUUUAUUUUCUAAUCUUGUAUAUUUCAAGGCAAUAUGCAUAUAAUUUUUUUAUAAUAAUUGCUUACAUGAAAAAGAUUAUUUUAUAUUAUAUAUAAAUUGUGUGUGAUUGUCAAACAAACCCCGUGUGUGCACUUGACUUAUUGCAAAUUUGAAUAGUUUGUAAAAGUGUACUUUUUUCCAAUAGUUUGAAGUUUGAGAAUAAUUGUAGAGAUGCAUGUAAAUCUCUUGCCAAGGUUGAUCGAUCGCAUGCUGUGAAAAGUGCAUUAAGUACAUACGUUUAACGGAAGUACUUUUGAAAUCGUGAUAGACAAACAAAUAUCCUUUUAAAAAAAAUCGCUAAGAUUUUUGGAAAGAAUUUUUCAGAUAUACGUACAUAGUGAUUAUUUUUCAAGCUUUUGCGUGCAUAUGUUAUAUUUUACGGGAAAUAAGGAACAAUUAAGAUUGUUUACAUUAAUUAAUAGGUAUAUGAAAUUGUUUUUUUUUUUGUUUUUCAUACAUGUUAAGUACAUUAUGUGGUGAUACUAGUGUAUUAGUUUAAUGAUACGAAGAAAAUGUUAUGUUAAGCAACAACAAAGACAUUAUCCGCGUUAAAAAAAAAGUGCACACAAACGCAUGCAUGUAUGCAUAUGAGAUUAUUCUAAUAAUAUUUUUAAUCUAUCUCACACUGUCUUACAAAAAAAAUAUGUAAAUAAAAUACAUAUAGACACACAUAUGCAUGCAUACUUUUCAAUAAUUUUAAGAUACAAAUAUAAACAACAUAUGUGUAUUAUAAUGUGAAAUUUAUUAAUGCUAGAUGUCUCAUAUAUACAUUAUAUUAAAAAUUAUAAAAUAACUUUUCAUUUUUGGAAAAUUAUUAUGAAAAAGCAUCUGAACUAAACUAAAUUAUCAUAAUAAAUAUUUUCAUAUUUGGAUUUAUUUAUUUAUCUUUACUUUGAGUAUUUGGAUAAUAUACUUUCUGAUAUAUUUGUAUGAUAUAAUUUACAUACAAAACUCUUGAAAAUCAUCUAAUGAAAAUGUAUAAAAUGUUACAUAGCCCAUGUAAAUGUUGUAAAAAUAACUUGUGUGUUUGUAUUUGUAUCUUAUUAAUAGAUUAUUUAUAAUUACCAUAUAUACAAUAAUAUCUAAGAUUUCAGAAUAUAGAUGUUUGCAAUUUUAUCUUCUCAAACAAAUUGAAAAAAUCACCUUUUUUAUUUGGGAUGGUUUAAUUUUGCUCAUGCAAUCACAUUUUUUCAUAAAUAAUAUCUGCAAAGUGCAAUGUAUGUGUGCCUCUUGUGAUAAUGAUAUUACCGUAACUUUUAAAGAACUUAUUAUCUGAUUACAAAAAAAUCAAAAUUCAUGUUUGAAACUAUUAAUCGUUUAAAUAACAUAAAAGAGAUGCAUAUAAAAAUUGUUGCGAAAAAUACGUGUUAUGUAUGUGUAUUUAUAUACAUGCACAUGCAGUAUCAAAAAGAAUGACUGAAUUGAAGAGGUUAUCUGCAAAUAAAAUACUUUGAUAUUAAUCAAAACAAAAAAUUAUUGCUGUGCUAUAGAAUCAGGUGAUGUUUCUUGUUCUAUGAAAAAAACUUCAAGUUUAUAAAAAGAAUAAUAUUUUAAACAAAUAUAAUACAACAUAUGGAAGUAAUAAAUUCAAAUUACAUAACGUUUAAGAACUUGUGUAUUUCAUUAAUACCACGUGAAUACAAUUUUUAAUUAUUCUUAAUGGAAUUUGCCAUCAAUAUGGCUGAGUAUCGCUCUAUAAUAAAAACGAGCAUUUUAGAAAUAAAUUUUUUUUCUUUAUUAAGAUCUAUAUAUAUAUAUAAACUAUAUCUAUAUAUCACAAUACGCAUUAUUAAAAUGUAUAAAUAUGAUAACUGAAAAAUACAAUUAUAAAACUGAUAUCAAAUUGA